AUGUCCUCCGACUCCAGCGUCACCAGCACGGGAUUCUUUGCCGAGUACUAUUCCUACCUAGCGAAAUGCGAAGAAGGCUGGCUCGGACACGAAGGCGCCUGCUACUCGUUCGAGGAGGAGCCGAAGACGGCCCCCGAAGCACAACUGGAAUGCGAGAAGGCAGGGGCUAACCUCGCCAGCGUCCACAGCGAAGAGGAAUACUCUUUCAUCAGUGCAAAUGCUCCAUCAUCGCCGCUGUGGAUCGGGCUCAAGAAACACGGCUCGAGAUCGAUUUGGACGGACGGAAGUGCUUUCGAUGACGUCGACGUCAGCUCCAAAUUCCACUUCGAAGAUGGAUUUGCUCUCGUGUCGAAGGAUCAGUCGAUCCGGGACGACCUUCCCGGCGACAAGGAAUAUCCGUUUGUGUGCAAGAAACUUCUGAAACCGAUGUCCGUCGGCAGCAUUUCUCAUCAGUCGUGA